AUGACCCGCAUUUCCUCUGUGCCAGCCUGCAACCUGAUCAACAAAGAGGUCAAACGGACGAGCUGUGUUGGUGAUGGAAAGCUGAAGUACAUCCACCUCCGCUGGGAGCUGAAAGACGACAAGUGCGUCAGUAGAGAGGAAACCAAGUUAACCAACAUCGGUAGGUCUCUCGAGUUUGUGAGCUCGUUCAGAGUGAUUUUGAUUUGUCCAUUUCGACCAUUCUUCCCCCGAUGGAGUGGCAAUAUCCCCAAUGGGGACAAGCUCGAAUAUGCUAGUUCCUGA